AGUAGGCUUCGAAAUGUCGCUCCAGGGAGGAGUGAGUGCUACGUGAUGUGGCGCUGCGCGCUUCCUGUCUGCGUAGCGCCGCCGAGAGAUCCCCAUCUACCCCCGGAGUCCACUGCAGCGUCUGUCCCCGGCGUCGGACGGUCAGAAACCCACAGAUUUGCCCAUCAUGGCUGUGAACCUGAGCAAAAACGGCCCAGCUCUUACCGCGGCCUAUAACGAGGUGGUGGAUGAGAAGUCAGAGACUAACUGGGCUCUCUUCACCUAUGAGGGGAACACCAAUGACAUCAGGCUUGCAGAGAAAGGAGAUGGUGGUCUGGAGGAGCUGGUCGAGGAGCUGAACAGCGGGAAGGUGAUGUACGCUUUCUGCCGCGUUAAAGACCCCAACUCUGGCCUUCCCAAAUAUGUCCACAUCAACUGGACCGGUGAGGGUGUUAAAGAUGCCAGAAAAGGCCAGUGUGCAAAUCAUGUGAGCUCCAUCGCUAACUUUCUUAAGGGAGCUCACGUGACCAUAAACGCACGGGCGGAGGAGGACGUGGAGCCUGAAGCCAUCAUGCAGAAAGUGGGCAAAGCCUCAGGAGCCAACUACAGCUUUCACAAAGAGUCCAGUCGCUUCAAAGACACCGGGCCGCAGGGGCCUGUGGGAUCUGUUUACCAGAAGACUAAUGCCAUGUCUGAAAUCAAGAAAACCAACAAAGACAAUUUCUGGGCCCAAGCAGAGGAGGAGGAGGAGAGGAAGCAGGCAGCACAGAAACCCUUUAAACGCGGAGAGUCGGUGGAAAAAGCCAACUGUGCUGAUGUCCAUCAGGAGGAGGAGGAGAGGAAGCAGGCAGCACAGAAACCCUUUAAACGCGGAGAGUCGGUGGAAAAAGCCAACGAAGCCGCGGCUCUCGUCUCCCAGCGCUCCGUUAAUCCCAGAGAAAUGUUCAAACAGAGGGAGAUGGGCAUCAGCUCUGCUAACACAGACAAUACUGAGUCCAGUCCAAAACCAGAACCCAGUUUUGAGGAACAACCCAGAUCUCAUUAUGUGGAACCAGAACCAGAACCCGAGCCAGAGUAUGAAGAUGUACAAGCAGUCAUUGAUGACUAUGAAGUGCCCGUAGAACAAAAGCAGCCACAAUAUGAGGCGGUAGUGGAACAAGACACCAUCUAUGAGGAACCAGCACAGGAGGAGGAGCAGAACACGUAUGAGACGACAGAUGAUCGCGGUGUCUGUGCCAGGGCUCUGUACGACUACCAGGCUGCUGAUGACACCGAGAUCUCGUUUGACCCAGAUGACAUCAUCACCGGCAUCGAGAUGAUUGAUGAAGGCUGGUGGCGAGGGUACAAUCCGGGUGGACAUUUCGGCAUGUUUCCUGCAAAUUACGUGGAGCUUAUCUAACACCGCUCAACAUCUCCCCCUCCCUCGUUAGAGUCGGACUGAAUUCAUUUGCCCCGCGUAGAUUUAAAUCUCUGAUAUAGUUGAUUGAAAAGCCUAAAACUUAAAUCACGGACCAAAAGAGUGAUGAUCAUGUGACCAGGGGUAACUCUGAUAUUUCAUACUGUAUUGGUAGUUUUCUGUUGUUAAUUUUAUUUCAUUUGAGGCUGUUGUAAUUUAAAAAAUAUUGAUUUCGAGUAUGCAGGCAGACGGCCCAAAAACGACCACCUAGAAUUGCUGUCCGUGCAGGAAUCCUGGGAAACUUCAUGUUGAAGAAGUGCUGUGGUGACAGUCCAGUGACAUGCGAAUAUCCUUUUGGGGCUGAACCUUUUCUCAGUGUUUGCGAAGACGUUCCUUUUGAACAUUUCAAUGCUAGUUCCAAUAUUCCAGAGGUGUUUGGUGCAGGUGUUUGUAGUGAUCAGUCCCGUUUUGCCUUGGUUUUUGCCUUCUUUCUCCACAAGACCGAGUGUGACUGCCUUGCAUUCUUGAGGAAUAGCGCAGAUGUUUUGCUGCUGUGAAGUUUGCCGAGGUCGGACUGAAAUCGAUCGAGUGAGAUGAGUUUAUUUUUGCUGUGUUCUAUACGUCACGUGUUUGAAAUCCAGAAAGCCGCUUCAGUCGUCAAGUAUUACGGUUCUUGAUAUCCUUCUAGGCUUGCAGUGAGAAGAGUGGGAAGUUACUUUGAGACCGCAGCUUUUCCUGUCUGCUCCGAAAUGUGGAGAAUAUUAAUACUGUGAUUUUUAGGUUUCAGGGAGCCAUCAUUCUCUCAUCAUCUUGCCUUUGGGUCACAGGCGGGAUCUGGAUUGUGUUUAGAUGCCGAGGAUCACGUCAGGUUUAUUUAGACCCUUGCAUUUUUACCGUUCAUAAACGUUAUCGUCAGUGCUGUGCCAAUAUGAGAGCGAGGGGAGAAGUGUUUUUGAGGAAAUGUUUGAGGUUUCAUUUUUAACAAACCCAUGUGGAGAAACAUCAAAUGUCUCCGAGUUCCAUUCAGCUGUGGUGUAGUUCCUCUCAAGAGCUCAUUGUGAAUAUCUAACAAGUCUGGAAAACGUUGCAACUUCAAUUAAAAGAAUAAAUAAAGAGUUUUAAGACUGAA